AGCACUCUGUGGACUUGCAGCCGGGGCCGACCCCUCCACCCCCGGGAUGCCAGGGCCCGGGAAAACCCGGCAGGACCUCACGCGAUGGGAGAAGAGGGAGAAGAAGACGCCAGUGCGCCGCACGGUCAGCCAGAUCUGCCCGCCGGCUCGACGGCCGCUGACGGUGGCCGACAUCCGCCCGGGGAUGGAGAACGAGCGGCUGGGGGUCGUGCGGGACUCCAUGUUUCAGAACCCGCUCAUCGUCAAGGCGGAGCUCGGCAAGCCCAGGGAGAGAAGCUGCAGUCUGCCUGGCAUCAACUUCAAUUAUGGACUCUACAUCCGGGGACUGGAUGGAGGGGUCCCCGAAGCCAUCGGGCACUGGAACGUGUUUAAGCAGCAGCUCACCUGCCCUCACAAGCUGACCCGGAACUACAUUGCUAUGAACCGAGGAGCAGUUAAAGCUGGCCUGGUGACCGCUCGGGAGAAUAUUCUGUAUCGUGAACUCAAUGACAUCCGCAUCAGUGACCAGGAAGUUCGGUGGCAGAAGAAGGAGCCACCGUCUGUCCCUCCUAACAUGACCUUUGGGAUUCGUUCACGGCCAUCCACACCCUUCUUUGAUCUGCUGCAACACCGGUACCAGCAGCUGUGGGUGCAGGAACAGAAGGCCACCCAGCAGGCCACUAAACUGGAGAAGAAACAGAAGGUGAUCCUGGGGAAGCUGUAUGAGACUCGGAGCAGUCAGCUGAGGAAGUACAAGCCUCCUAUAGAGCUGGAUGCGGCCUGGCACAUGCCCCACUUCCAGAAGGUGGGUCCCCAUCUCGCUACAUUCCCCACGGCGGCCGAUCGCCAGAGAGCUCUCAAAGCCCACCGAGAAGAGCAUGCCGUGCGCCAGGGCACGCUACGGAUGGGCAACUACACCCACCCCUAGUGUCUGCCCCCGCUCCGGCCAGAAGGGUCUUCUUCACGCAGCAGAAAUGCCCAAAGAACCUACCGUUCUUGUCCCAACUCCAGGAAGACAGUCCCUGUCUCGGUAUGGCUCUGCUGCCACGGGGACCUCAGAGUCAGGUCUUAGAUGAAUUGGUUUUUAUAAGAGCCCUGAACCCUUGGUUAGCUAACACUAGCCUCACCCGGCCUUCCCUCUCAGCCUCCGGUUCCUUCUCUCCCUCCCUCUCCCUCCUCCUCUUUCUUUCUCUCUUUUUCCACGAGACCCUGCCUCUUUGCAAGCCUCACUAGACAAGAGAAACUCAAAUUACUAGGCAGUUAAAAAGAAAUCCAGACUAAGGGUCAACGUCACAGCCCUGACCAUCAGGUGUUGAGUAUGACCUGUGUAUACCCUGAAGAAAGUGUGACCAUGGCAGGCUUUGAAAACCAUCAUUUCACAUUCCAAACAUAUUUUAAUUGCUCUU